AUGCAGGUCUCCGACCCAAAUAAUGUAAAAAUAUACAAUUUAAGUGCAGGAAAAUCAUUGCCCGAGUGGCUGUCAGAGAAAAAAAGGCGAACGCUAUUGAAGAAAAAUGUUGAUAUUAGGCGGAGAAUCGAGCUUAUACAGGAUUUUGAUAUGCCUGGUCUUAGUAACACGAUAAGAGUAUCAAAAGAUGGACAGUAUGUGUUAGCUACAGGAAUAUACAAGCCCAGGGUUAAAUGUUUUGAUGUAAAUCAGUUGUCAUUAAAAUUUGAGCGUUGUUUUGACUCUGAAGCUGUUACGUUUGAAAUACUAAGCGACGAUUACAGCAAAUUGGUAUUUCUGCAAUGUGAUAGAUACAUUGAGUUUCAUGCGGCUCAUGGCCGCUACUAUAGAUUAAGAAUACCAAAAUUUGGUAGGGACAUGAAGUAUCACUAUCCUUCCUGUGAUUUGUUUGUGGUUGGUGCCUCUUCAGAAAUAUACAGAUUGAAUUUGGAACGGGGGCAAUUUAUGACACCUUACAGUAGUAAAGCUUCAGGUAUAAACAAGUGUGCAAUUAAUCCUGUUCACAAUUUGUUGGUAUGUGGUACACAAGAGGGCAGGGUGGACGCCUGGGAUCCCCGCAGUAAAGAAAUGGUUGGAUCGUUGGAUUGUGCAUUUAGCUGUGUAAAUGAAAAUAAAGAGUUGGAAGGUUUUCCUUCAGUGUCAGCUUUAAAGUUUAAUGGUGGUUUAAAUUUAGCUGUGGGUACUGAAACUGGACAGAUUUUAUUGUAUGAUAUCAGAUCAAAUAAACCUUUUUAUGUUAAGGAUCACAUGUACGGGCAUCCUAUUAAGGAUGUGGAGUUUCAUUGUCAACAAGACUUGAUAUUUUCUUUGGAUAAGUCAGUUUUGAAGAUAUGGGACACAAAUAAUGGAAAACUGUACACCUCAAUUGAAGCAUCAACGGAAUUCAACAACUUAUGCACAGUACCAAACACAGGUUUGUUCUUUUUGGCGAACGAAAACACGAAAAUGCAGACCUACUACAUACCAAGCCUGGGCCCUGCACCCAAAUGGGCCAGUUUCUUGGACUCCCUGACCGAAGAACUCGAAGAGUCGAACGCCGAAAUCGUCUACGACGACUACAAAUUCGUCACCAAACAAGAAUUGGAGAACUUGAGUCUGGAGCACCUUAUCGGCACAAACAUGCUCAGAGCGUACAUGCACGGCUACUUCAUGGACGUCAGGUUGUACAAAAAAGCCAAGUCGGUUGCAAAUCCGUUCGAGUUCGAAGAAUACCGCAAGAAGAAAAUCAGGGAGACCAUCGAGAAAGACAGAGUCAACAGAGUGCAAGUCAACAAGUUACCCAAGGUUAAUAAAGAUCUGGCUCUUAAACUCAUCGAGGAUCAAAGCAAUAAAAAGAAGAAAGCAGAGGCAACUUCACUGCUUACAGAUAACAGAUUUAAAUCGCUCUUCGAAAAUCCCGACUUUGAAGUCGACAAAAAUACGGACGAGUAUCGCUUGCUUAACCCGGUUUUGUCCAGACUGGAUAAAUCCAAGAAGAAGGAAAUCAAGAAGAUUGCCCAAGAAUUUGAACCAAUGGAUGAAGAAUUGGAGGGUAAAAACAGCUCAGAUGAAUCUUCAGACGAUUCCAGAGAUGACGAGAGCAGUGACGAUGAGCACACGUGGACUAAAGACGUGAAAAAACAGCACAAAAUAAUACAAAGGGAGCACUGGCUCAAAGAACUCAAAGAAAAAAGAGAAGCUAGGGAGGAGGAAGAAAAACAACUAAAACAACCGCAAAUGUUCGAAUUGAGGCAAGGGGAAGAAUUCAAGGGGGUUAAUAACAUGAAGAAGAAAUCAAACAGGGCCACACUAGGCGAAAGAUUGGAAUCGGAAGAUUCCACUGUCAGAUUACUGGGUUCAGUGGGUAGCAGAGAAAUGACGUUUUCAACGAGAAAAAAAAGAGACAGGCAGAUGGAUGAGAAGAAUAAAUGGCACAGAGAAGAAAGGAAACGACUUGUCAGGCCCACACAUGGUAUUAAAUCUAAACAUCGGUCUUUUGGUAAAAGAAAAUAA